AAGCAUUCCCCACCCCCUCUCCCCCGGUUUCAAGUUCGGUUGAGGUGCGGGUUUUUUUUUCCUCCGGCGCCCUUUCCUCGCGGCUUUGGUUUGUUCAUCGGUAGCAGCGGCCUGAGAUCGUGAGAAUCAUGCAAGAUCACAUCCAGAAAUCCGGCGGCAGGAACCGCAACGACAACAGCAGCCCACGCAAGAGGGAAUACCGCCAGGAUGCAGGCUCCGGGCCCGGCGGUGCUGCCGCCAAUAACCACCAUCACCAACAGCAGGCUUCCUCUCGACAUGGCGACCGGGCCUCGGCCGACGCCAGGAUCACCGUCGACAUGACCAAUUUCCGCAAGCCCGGCGAGAAGACCUACACGCAACGCUGCCGCCUGUUCGUCGGCAACCUGCCCAACGAUGUGACCGACGAGGAGUUCAAGAAGAUGUUCGAGAAAUACGGAGAGCCGUCCGAGAUCUUCAUCAACAAGGAUAAAGGGUUCGGCUUCAUCAGGCUGGAAACUAGAACUCUGGCUGAAAUUGCAAAGGCGGAACUUGAUGAUACUACACUAAGAGGGAGACAGAUAAGAAUUCGAUUCGCAACACAUGGUGCUGCUCUCACAGUGAAGAACCUUCCUCAGUUUGUAUCAAAUGAGCUGUUGGAUGAGGCGUUUUCCAUCUUUGGGCCAGUGGAAAGAGCAGUGGUGAUUGUAGAUGACCGUGGAAAACCAACUGGUAAAGGCAUUGUGGAGUUUGCAGCAAAACCUGCAGCACGCAAGGCUCUGGACAGAUGCACAGAUGGCGCAUUCUUAUUGACAGCGUUUCCAAGACCUGUGACUGUUGAACCUUUUGAUCAGUGUGAUGAUGAAGAUGGACUUCAAGAGAAACUGGUCCAGAAAAAUCAACAUUAUCACAAGGAACGUGAACAGCCACCUAGAUUUGCCCAACAUGGGUCUUUUGAGUAUGAAUAUGCCAUGAGGUGGAAGGCUCUGCUUGAAAUGGAGAAACAGCAGCAGGAGCAAGUUGAUAGGAAUGUAAAGGAAGCACGAGAGAAGCUGGAAGUCGAACUGGAAGCUGCGCGUCAUGAGCACCAAGUCAUGCUGAUGAGACAAGAUUUAAUGAGGCGUCAAGAGGAAUUGAGGCGCAUGGAAGAAUUGCAUAAUCAGGAACUGCAGAAGCGAAAACAAAUAGAACUGAGGCAAGAAGAGGAACGCAGAAGACGUGAGGAAGAAAUGCUGUUGCGUCAGCGUGAAAAAGAAGAAAUGAUGAGAAGACAACAGGAGGGAUUCCGAGGGAACUUUGGUGAAAAUAGAGAAAAUAUGAGAAUGGAAGAAAUAGCCCAAAGGAGUGGAAUGACCAUGCCAGUGGGACUAACUGCAGCUGAUUUUACGAAUCUUAAAGCAGCCUCUGCAAACCAAGUUCCACAGCCACUUAUGGGAAUGAACAGGCCAACUGUGAAUACUAAUGCACCACCUCCACAAGGACCACCUGGAAGCCUGGGAAACCAAAUGCCGGAAAACAAUAUGGGAAUGAUCAGGAUGAAUUAUGACAAGUUCCCUACUGGACCAACUUCUGCAUAACUGGUUAACACAGGAGGUUCAGUAAAAGAAUGAACUGGGUUUACAGACAGUGGUCAAAAUGAGAUGCAGGAAUGGAUAGAAAAGUGCAAGAAAACCUAAAGGGGAAGGUAUGAAUGCAGACUUCUGGAAAUUCUGAGGAAGAGACUUAACAGUUUAAAUGAGUGAAAGUCAACAUCUCAAAAAAAAAGCUUCUGGGGAACUAUUCUUAAAUUGAGUUUUGUACUCCAUUUAUUUGGUUUUGUGUAGACUUGUCUGUUUAAGGCUCCAAAGUUAUAUUGAGAGCAAGUUAUUUCUCCUGUAAUCUUAAUGAUACAGUGUGUUUCAGUUAUUGUACAUACUCUUGCUUGAAGUCUGUAAUUGUGACUUAUUGGAUAUAUCUUAAUACCGUAAAAAUGUUGUGUGCACUUUCUGUCAACUCUUUCCAUUAUAUUUGUGUCCAGAUUUGUAAAGCUGACUUUUUAAAAAAAUCUUAUCAGGUUGAAAUUACAUGCUCUCCACUAGUGGAGGUGUUGGAGCUCCACCACUGGAAGGAAGAUGUAAUUGCAUUGUGCUAAGUUUAUAUAGGCAGUUCCAUUAUGAAUGUGAAAAUAGGAAUUUAUAAUGGAAAGCGAUAAGAACAGAAUAUAUAAGAUGGGGCCUGAAUUACAUCUGUGCGCCCAAGUCCAACUUAUCUCUGAAGACUAGAUUUGAUGUUGACUCUGUGUCCAGUGUCACAGGAAGUUGAUUAGUAUAGUAAAAACAUAAUUGGUAAGCAGGUGCUCGUGCUUAAUUUUCCCACUUUUCCGAAAGCAGUGCCACUUAUGUUCUUAAACAGAGGAUGUGCCAAACUAUUUACGAAUGUAUAUAGUGAUUAAGGCAAAGAUUCUGUAUUGGAAUGAAGGACACAGAUGGAACAUGGAUAUCUGUAUCAGUUUUGAUGGUGCUAUUGUAAUAGUGUUUGUGUCAAUGCACCGCUAUGUUAACAAGUGAAAAUAAAACAUUUUAGAAGCUUCAAAA